AUGACAAAUCCAAAAUUCCAAAUCACUAAAAUCAGCAAACUUAAGAUUUCUUUUCGUUCAUAAAAAUUUUAGAUGGAGAAAGAAAAACCAACCAAGCCAAAGAAAAACAUGAUCUUGAAAUUCUUACCAAAAGCAGCAACAGCAACUGUUAUAUUCCAAAAUCACCCUUUUAGUCCAGGCAGAGAAAAAAGACUUCAUCAUCAUAAUAAUCACAAAGGAUUUUCUGGUCCAAUUAUAUCAAUAAUCCCAGCUGAAGCAAGAAACAGAAAAUCAAACAACGUUACAAAUCAAGAACCAACUUCACCAAAAGUGUCUUGCAUUGGCCAAAUCAAACAAAGGAAGAACAAGACUACAAAGAUGAAAAAAGAAAAAGCCACCAACACCAAAAUACCACUAGAGAAAAUUCCCAGUAAAACGAAAUCAUCAAAAUACAAUUUCAGAAAUAUAUUCCAAAGGGCCAGAAAAUUUGAUGUUGAUGAUAAUACAAGUAUUGCUAGUGAAGUUGUACCAAAUAGUGCACCUUGUUUGGGUCACAUGAGAAAAUUUGCUAGUGGAAGGGAGGGUAAUUUAUCAAAUUUUGAUUGGAAAAAUGUACAAAUUACACCUGAAGAUCGUAGAAAAUAUUAUUCUGAUGAUGAUAGAGAAGAUUAUACUGAUGGAGAUGAAGAAGAUGAAGAGGUAAUUAUUCCUUUUUCAGCUCCAAUUUUAGUAGGAAGAGAUAAUAGACCAAAUUUUCCAUCGGAGCCAAAGAAGGAAAUUAAUUUAUGGAAAAGAAGAACUAUGACAAAACCAAAUCCUCUUCAAUUGAAAAAAUAAGUUUGUUUAAGUUGAUUUGAUGUACUUGAUUAUCAUGGUGUACAUAAACUAUGUUGCUUGAAUCCAUGAAGAAAAUAUAUAGAGGUAUCCGUAUCAAAUCCUGCGAAAAAUUAAAUCUUGGAUCUGACACGGGUGCUACGGUUUUUUUUGGAGAAUUGAUCAAGUGAUAUAGUUUCGUUUUACAUGUGUAAUUUUCUUGAACUCAUGUAAAUAUUCAUGUUACGAUUAAAGCUGUUCUUUUCA